AUCAGGGACGGACUGACUAUUUGGAAACUCGGGCACUGGCCGAGGGCCCGGGGUCAGUAGGGGGCCCCAUGAGAUGCCUCUGGUACCUUUUUCAUAGGCUUUUUUGAGUUUGGGCAAGGACACAGGGGCCCCAUGAUCCCCUAUUGCCGGGGGGGGCCCCAUGAGUUGUCAGUCCGCCCCUGGCAUGGAUCCAUCCUGCUUUCCUCUUCCUUCAGAGCCAUAGCAGCCAGUUGGUCAUCCAGGGUUCCAUCGUAUGGA